UCAAAGUGAAAUUGCUUUUUGGAGUGCUUUUGGGCUCAAAGACAUUUGUCCCGUUUUUGUCCUUUGAUUCCGUUUGAUUCCUAGCUCUGCCGAGAUGGCACAAGCCCGUGAAGCGGGGAGCAACCCAAGGGAAGAAAUGGAGGAAGAGGCACGGAGGCAUUUGAAAGACCUGGAAGCUCAUGUUCAGAUCAAAAGCCGCAAAGAGUUGCAAGAAGUUGCCAAAACACACCGAGACAAGAAUGCCUGUACAGAGUAUGAUGAAGCCACCGGACGCUACAAGUACAAGUCUUGCUGCGGCACUUCAGCUUCCAAACUUGGUGUCUUCGGAGUUGGAGUAUCUUUGUAUUUCCAAUUCUUGAGGCAAAUGGGCCUGGUCUUUUUGCUUUGUGCCAUUUUGCUUGGAGCCAAUUCGACUCUGAACAUUAUGGGCAACAUGGUGAAUGAGAACAGCGCCCUCUACAAGUACUUGGGGAUGACCACUAUAGGGAACCUGGGAGCUUGUGAAGGGGGACGGUGCCAAACUGAUGAAGAGGUACAAGAGCGAUGUGUUUGGAACCAAUUUCCAUGUGAGCUGCGUCUCAAGGAGGUGACGCAAUGGCUUGGUUUGGCAGAUGGUCUUGGAAUUCUCAUGGUGUUGGCUUGGGGUAUUUUGUUUCAAGUUUGCCACAUCCCUCGAGCCGUGAAAGCCACGGACGACGCCAAUCUGACACCUCCAGAUUUUGCGGUUGAUAUCACCGUUCUGCCGUACCGCUUGAAUGCUGGUCAUGAAGAAUAUGAGCAGAAGCUCAAGCAGCACUUCAUCUCCAUUCUCCAAAGCCUCGGCAUUGAAGACUCGAAUGCAGUUGCAGAAGUGUGCCUGGUUCGGGACUAUGAUGGUGCCAUCAGCACUUUCAUGAAGAAGGGCAAUAUCAUUCUAAGCCAGCAUGGAGAUAUCAUUCGGAUGAAGGAGUUGGAAGGGAAGGAAGAUGAUGCAAGCAAGAAAGCACACGCAAAAUUGGAGAAGAAGUCCAUCAAGAAGUAUAUGCAGAUGAAGCGGCUUGAACGCAGCAUCGCCACCCAAGCAGCAAUGAGUGAUGAACAACGUGGCGUUGUUCGUGCCUUUGUGACAUUCUCCAAAGCGAGCUACAAGGAACAGGUUUUACACCACUAUCGCUUCAGCAGAUUCUUCUUGUUCCGAUGCUGCCAGAACAAAGACCUGCGUUUUGAAGGUUCCGCUUUGUUGCUCCAUGAAGCUUGUGAGCCGAGUGACCUCUACUGGGAGAACUUGGAUUUCGCUUCCUGGAAACGCUGGUGCCGCAUGUGUUUCGUGAUCUUGCUCACCUUCGUUUUCCUCAUCCUUUGCUCUGCAGCCUUGGUUUUCUUCCAGUCCUUAUCCAAAUCCACUCUGGCCAGCGUCAAUGAGCACUUGGUUUGGGUGGUGAAGUCCACCCCUGACACCAACACCUGCCUGGGAUUCUGUGACGUGGAGAUGUUUUCGGACCGUUUGUGCUCCAGCAAUGGGGAUACAUCCAACAGCUGGCAGACGGUGAAGCUCUUUGACCAGUUCAACGAUUACACCAACUACGACUGGGGAAGUGGUUGUGCAAACAAUUGGACAUCACCUUGUUCUUCGGCACCCUUGAGGUCUCAGUAUGCUAGCACAUGUGGUGGGAGUGAAGCCAACGCAUCUGCACAUACAGAUUGGAUCGGCUUUGAGUUUGAGAGCAAACAACAAGUGCAAUGCUGGCACGCGACGUUUCCUCCCAGUAUCAAACCCGAUGAAGUGCAACUGUUUGGAUGCCCUACAGCACCUCCAGCACCUGAAAACCGAUCAUGUUGGAAAGUUGAAGAAAAUUGUGCACCGAUGUACCUCAAUACGUUGUCCCCAGACACUCAGAACACAGCCUGGACCUCGACGGACAACAAGGUGGCAGCGGACAUGUCAUGCUCAAAUGAAAUCACUGCAGAUGUGGCUAAGGCCAGAUGGGAGAGUAUUGCUGCAGGUUCUGAGGAGAGAGUCCUGAAUCCAAUCAUCAAUUGCUUUUGCCAGCAACAAGCCCUCAGCCAGGGUCCAGGCUUUGCAUUUCCGCCCUACGACACCCAAGAAAAGCAGAUUUGUGAGGCCUGGAUCAUCAACAAUGCUGCAGUGGUCGGGAAGGUCGUUGGUGCUGCCCUAGCCGUGCUGGUGAUCAAUCAAGUGCUUUUGUUGAUCUACGAGUACCUGGUCGCCUUUGAAAGGCACUGCACGGUGACCGAAGUCACACUAAGUCAGUUCUGGAAGCUGUUCCUGGCGCAGAUGGUGAACACAGCACUUCUGGUUCUUCUGGUGAAUGCGUCUCUGGAAUUGCCUCCAGUCCUUCAGUUUCUUCGUGUGCUUCAAGUUGGCUCCGGCCAAUUUGAUGAGUUGAACGUGACGUGGUAUGUCUCUGUGGGAACCGGCAUUUGCAUCACAAUCUUCAUGCAGGUCUUCAGCACAACAGUGCCACCUCUGAUCAUGGCCUUCAUCGUUAAGCCAUGCUUGUCCUGCUUGGUCGCCCGUGGAGAAGUCGUUCAGGCACGCCUGAACGAAAUGUACGUGCUUCCGCCCUGGAACUUGUCCUUGAGGAUGGCUCAAACCCUGACGGUGAUCUUCGUCAUUUGCACCUAUUCUGGUGGAAUGCCUUUGUUGUACUUCGUGGGCUUUGUGUACAGCAUCGUCGCCUAUUGGUUAGACAAAUGGUGUUUGCUCAGAGGCUCAUCGAAACCACCUGCAUACAACCAGAGCAUUCUCAAUGUCUGUUGCAAUUUCUUGCCUCUUGCUGCCUUCCUUCACACGGUGAUUGCCGGGUGGACCUAUGGAAACCAAGCCGUGGUACCUAGCAACUGGAGCAGUUUACUCGUGGUGGCAGAGAUGCUGUUCUUGUCUGAGGAUGAAUACUACUCUGUCACCUCUGAGUACCUCUCUGCACCAGCGAAGCUGAAGAAGGACUUGCAGUGGAAAUACUAUGAAGCUCGAAUGAUGGACAUGGCUCGAGAGGGGUGCUGGCUCAUUUUUUGCAUCUUCCUGGUCUUCUGUGUGUACUACAUUCUCCUCUGGCUCUACAAGCUCCUUCUCAAGCCCUUCUUGUCACCAAUCCUUUUUGCUCUCAAGGAUUGUUGUUGCAAGAAGAAGGCGGCUGAGGGGGACUCUGCGACAUGGGAGGCUUGCAUCCAGGAGUGUCGACGAUCAAACAUCCUUUCCUCCUACGCCUUGAAUCAAAACGACAAGUACCAUGCAGCAGCCUUGGCAAUCGCACAUGGAGAUGAUCGGGCAAAGAAGCACGACACGAUAUCAGCUGAGCUGUAAGAGCCAACGAUGGCUCAGUCCCCAAGACAGACGAACUGUUGACUGUGGUUGGCCGGCCAUGUUGCCGCUAGCCUUGAAUUUGUUGCAUCAUGCAUACUUGUCCGACCUGAAGGGCGGAUAGGAAUGCAGGACUGUGCGUGGAAUGUGCACAACGGCCACGUAAAGACUUAGAUUUUGAAGAUUCUCAUGAUUUGUCUUGGCCUCAACACAAAUGUGGGGCGCUCCUUCUGGGAAUCAGUAGCACAGGAGCGAGAGGACAGGCAGGAGCUUGGACAAAA